UCAAGGUUGGUGCUCCUGCAAUGCCAGACAGUGAGACUGAGACACUGCGAUCAAAUCUGGCAGCUCCGGAAUGCGAUGCGAGCGUGACGUGAUCACGUUUGAGACUUCCACUCGGAAAAGCAACAAGCCAACAACUGAGAUGCCGUCGGCGCAUCGAUCCAAAACCAAACUCAACACCCCAGAGUCGUCGAUCGACCACCGUCCACCAUCAUGUCCAGCGACACCGCGCCGCCAAACGUCGUGGAGGACCUGCACGGCGUCGUCCAGCUCUUCAGCGAUGGCUCCGUCGUUCGCGGCGUCGAAUCCGCCAUCAUGCCGGCGGGGCCGUUCCCGGACGUCCCGGGCGUCCAGUGGAAGGACGUCGUGUACGACGCGACGCGCGGCCUCAGGGCGCGCGUGUUCCGGCCGCCGGCGGCCGCCGCCGGCGAAGGCCGCAAGCUUCCCGUGCUCGUGUACUUCCACGGAGGCGGCUACUGCCUCCCCGAGUACGACCAGCCCGCGCUCCACUCCUGCUGCCAGCGCUUCGCCGCCGAGCGCCCCGCCGUGGUGCUCUCCGUCCAGUACCGCCGGGCGCCGGAGAACCGUCUCCCCGCGGCGGUCGAGGACGGCGCGGCGUUCCUGUCCUGGCUGCGCGCCCAGGCCGCCGCUCCCGGCGCGCCCGGCGCCGAGCCGUGGCUCGUGGAAUCCGCCGACCUCGCGCGGACCUUCGUGACCGGCGUGUCGGCCGGCGCCAACCUGGCCCACCACGUCGUCGUCCGGAUCGCCUCGGGGCAGCUCGUGCUCGACCCGGCGCGCGUCGCCGGGUACGUCCUGUUCUCCGCCUUCUUCGGCAGCGUCGAGCGCGUGGCGUCGGAGGCCCCUCCACCGCCGGACGUGUCGCUGACGGUGGAGACGACCGACAAAUUCUGGCGCCUGGCGCUGCCGGUGGGCGCGACCAGGGACCACCCGCUGGCGAACCCGUUCGGCCCGGACAGCCCGACCCUGGAGCCGCUGCCGCUGCCGCCGGCGCUCGUCGUGGCGCUCGGGCGCGACGUGCUCCGCGGCCACAUGCUGCGCUACGCGGCGAAGCUCGAGGAGAUGGGAAAGGCCGUUGAGCUCGCCGAGUUCCCUGGGGAGCGGCAUGGCUUCUCCAAAGGACCGUGGAGCGGGGCUACAGAUGAGCUGAUCCAGAUCUUGAAGCGGUGCGUCCGUGCGUGCACAAAUGACUGUGAAUGAGGUGAACUGGGUCUUGAGUUGGUGAAAAUGGUGUUGCUCUUCGUGUCUGCCAUUCAUCUUCAAAUGUAUCCUUGUAGUACACGUCUUCGUCGUUCUGUACUCCACAAUGUGGGUUGAAGUUCGUUUUU